CUCAUCGGGAGUGGAUCUGGGAAUCCUCAUCGGGAGCGGAUCUGGGAAUCCUCACCGGGAGCGGAUCUGGGAAUCCUCACUGGGAGCAGAUCUGGCAAUCCUCACUGCAAGCAGCCAUGGGAAUCUUCACUGGGAGCAGCUCCGGGAAUCCUGACUGGAAGCAGCCCUGGGAAUCCUCACUGGGAGCAGCUCUGGAUCCCAAGAUCUGGCUCUGGACUCUGGCACAGCCAGAAACCUGCAGAGGCCCACACGAAUUACCUUGUAAAAUGCCAGGCUCCACUGGAUCCCUGCUUUGAAGUGACAGCUGAUGGAGGAAAUAACAGCUGUGGUCAGAAACACCCGCUACAAAUGGAGCACACACAGAGCAGAGAACUGUGAGUGACCUUCAACUCACAGCUGGGGACAGACCAUCCAUCCCUGCCUUCCUCAAGAAAUCCACAUUUUAUUGGGACUGCAUCAGGGAGUUCAGAUCCCUUUGACAUGUUAACCCUGUGUUUUGCACUUUGCUGCCCCCCCAUGCUGCAAUUCAUUCAUGCCCAUUUAUUUACAAAGGAAUGCAAACACUUUCUUCCCUGGUUUAACACAUCCUGACCUGCUCCUGAAAAAUCCCUCCCCAUAAUCCAUCCGUGUUAUUAACUGUGAAAAACCUACAGCAGCGGGCGCGUCACUGUCACCUCCUGUUGCCCCCAAUUAGCCCAGUCUAACCCUUUUAGCCUCAAGAGAAACCAGAUUAUAACUUGUCUGUCAGGGCUGAGGUGGAUUUUACGCAACCAAUGCCGUAAUUAUCGAAGUGAUUGCUCUAUCAGUCAGCAGCUCGUUUGACCACAAGGCCUUUGCAUCUUUUUGCUGAUUCUGGACUUUCUGAAGCAAAGAGAAAUGGUUUCCUGGGUGUAAGGGCAACUCCCGCAGUGCUCAGGAUGUGUCAGAGCAGCCCAGAGUGCCGCCACUAUCAGGAGAAUGAACAGUCAAUAGGAAUUCAUUAAUAGCUGACUAAAUUUUCUGUCUCCUCUUGUUUUAUCCUACUACUUGGAAUGGUGGCCAAAAAAAAAAUUAUCAGGACUCGGUUAUUUCUUCGCUUCUUGAUCCUUUCCUGAAGGGAAUCUUCAUUGGGCAACCACAAAGUAGAGCGAAAUAAAGGUGACAGGAAUUUUUAAUUGAGGCAGCGGGAUCUCAGUGAUGACCAGAGCAUAAGGUCUGUAUUUAGUCUCCACCUUGCAGGGUGCAGUUAAACUCAUUCACCAACAAUCUAAACAAACCCUCUGAGUUUACAGCCCUGGCAGGAGGAGUCACUGAGGCAGCUGCUUGAGCAGAGCCCAGUUUUAGUGGAGUUGUCUUAGGGCUUGACUGAGUCCAUGGGUUGGAACUCACAUUAGAGACCACCUAAGAUCAGAUAAGAUCUGAUGUGGGAGAUGAGAUGCCCCGAGAAAUCAGCUACCUGGUCAUUUUGUGGCUUGCUAGGUAUGGACAAACCUCAAAUCUUAAACCUCCCCUCCUCACUGCUUGUGUUCAUAUCUCAUUUUUUUCCCAAUGGCUGCGGAAGCUCAGGGGGAUCCUCUCAGAGACAGGACUGACCGUGAUCAGGGAAUCCACGGAUCAGGCUGCAGGUGCCAGGAACAUGGCUGCUCAAACACGCUGGCAGCCUGUAACCUUUGUGCCUUUGCCAUGGGGCCGUUGUUACUCAUCCCAGUCCCACCCACAGGCUUGGCACGGAGCUGUGCACCUUCCGAAGCCUCCUGGCUCCUUAUCGCGCCGAUAAAAGCAGCGUGUGUUUGCACAGAGCCUGGACUGCUCCCUGCUCACAGCUCUUCUCCCUCACCUCAGCAGGGGGAAAGGCAGCCACACAACCUGCCCCAGGGCAGAGGGGGAAUACCCCUGGAACAGAGAACUCAAUGGGCCUCCAGAACGCCAAGGCCUCCUCAGGGAAGCGCACCAACAUCGUGAUGCUGGGGCUGGAUUCCGCGGGGAAAUCCACGCUGCUCUACAAGUUCAGGUAUAAAGAUGUUUUUCUAACAAUGCCAACGAUCGGCUUUAAUGUGGAUAUGAUUGAAGCAGGGAAAGAUUUUACACUGACAAUUUGGGAUGUUGGAGGACAGAAGAAAAUGAGAGAGCUCUGGAGCAAUUUCCUGGAAGACACUGACGGGCUGCUGUACGUGGUGGACAGCUCUGACAAGCGGCGGCUGGACAAGUCCAGGAGGGAAUUUGAGCUCAUUUUAAAGAAUGACUCCAUAAAAAAUGUCCCGGUGGUCGUGCUGGCCAACAAGCAGGACGUGCCUGGAGCUCUGAACGCCGAGGAGAUCACCAGGAAGUUCAAGAUGAAGAAGUACUGCAGUGACAGGAACUGGUACGUGCAGCCCUGCUGUGCCAUCACGGGAGAAGGGCUGCCAGAAGCCCUGCAGAGAGUGGCCACCUUUGCCAGGCAGUACAGCAAGUCAAAGGAGACUUUCACCACCCUGAGGGAACUCAAUGCCUGUCAAGGAUUUCUAUCAUCCACUUCUGGUGACUCUUAACAUAUUUUGUUGGACAGAUUAAAUCUGGGAAUGCCAGAUUCCAAAGAACUUUUAUACAUAAAAUCUUUUCAAGGAUUUCUAUCAUCCACUUCUGGUGACUGUUCACAUAUUUUGUUGGACAGAUUAAAUCUGGGAAUACUGGAUCCCGAAGAACUUUUAUACAUAAAAUCCUCUCAAGGAUUUCUAUCACCCACUUCUGGUGACUGUUCACAUAUUUUGUUGGACAGAUUAAAUCUGGGAAUACUGGAUCCUGAAGAAUUUUUAUACAUAAAUAUUUAUAAAGGACUUUGGCAAUAUUAAAUUCUACUGUUAUACCUGCAGAUACUUGAUAUACCUGAUAGGACAUCUCAUACCUGAGAUAGGACUCUGUAGCCUUUUACUAUUAUUUUUUUAUUUACUUGGGGUUAUUCAAGUUGAACGAUGUGAAAGGGGCAGUCAAGCACAUGGAAAUAAAAUAGGUGAGCAGUGUUUGAGUGGCUUAAAUCAAACGAAGAGUCAAAUCUGUUUUUUUCAAGAUGUAAACCAGCCAAGUCAUUUGGUCAGCAGUGAUCAAAUGCUGUUUUGUAGUAGAUGCUCCAUGGAUGUGUUUCUCAGUUGAAAACAGAGAGGGGUGAGGGCUUCAACUCUUAACUGCGUACAAGAGAAUGUGGCUGUUCCUGAAACAAUUCCUGCAGGGAGGUUGUGAGGAGCAGGAUGAGCUCCUCAGACAGCCCCAGACAGAGCCUGGCCCCAGUGCUGUCCCCAAGGUGACGUCCCAGUGUCCCAGAUAUCCACGUGCUGCUCCCCUCGUUCCUGCCCUCCUUAGCAGGCUGAGAUCUCUCAGGGAAAAGCUGAAUCCCACUGGGUUUGUGGUGAUUUCCCCGUCCUGGGCUCUAGAAAAGUCGUGGCAGGGUCCUCUUGUGCUCCCGUUUUUGUGUUUCAGGAUUACACUCAGGAAGUAGGAGGGAAGUAGGAAGUUUACAUUUCAUUCUUACUAAUAAACAGGAAUAUCAAGUUAUAAAAGGGUGAAGCAGCAAUAAAAUCACCCAGACAUAUCCUGGUCUCAUGCACGGGUUAUUCAAAGACAAAAAAAAUCAUCAGGUGGAUUUGCUGAAAUAGUAAAUAAAGGGAAGUUUCUUAAUAGAAACUCUUAUUAAUACUGAGACUAAUU